UCUCUCUCUCUCUUACACAAACAAACACACAUUUUUGGUGCAAUGGCUAAUUAUAUUGCUCUUGCACUCCUGGUUCUACCAUUGUUGCAGGUGGUAGUAACUGCUGGGGAGCCUAACAUUCAAGAUUAUACAAAGAGGUUUGAGAAGAAGGAGAGUUGUGAUCUGUACCAUGGAAGUUGGGUUUAUGAUAAAUCAUACCCUCUUUACGACUCAAGUCAGUGCAGCUUCAUAGAGGUCUCAUUUGCUUGCCAAAGGAACGGUCGCCCAGACAAGCUUUAUCUCAAAUAUAGGUGGCAACCCUCUGCAUGCAACUUGCCAAGGUUUGACGGUAUAGAUUUCUUAAAGAGAUUGAGAAAUAAGAAGAUCAUGUUUAUUGGAGAUUCAUUAAGUUUGAAUCAAUGGCAGUCAUUGCUAUGCAUGCUUCACACUGCUACGCCACACUCUGAGUAUAAGUCAGAGAGGAUAGGGCCCCUCUCCACAUUUACAUUCACGGAGUACAAUGCUUCAGUGAUGCUUAUGCGGAAUGCCUUUUUGGUGGACAUUGAACACAAGAGAUAUGGUCGGGUUUUGAAACUCAACAAGCUUGGCUAUGAGAAAACUUGGGACGGAAUUGAUGUAUUGAUUUUCAACACAUGGCAUUGGUGGCGUCACACCGGAAGGGAACAACCAUGGGAUUUCAUUCAAGAAGGGAAGCAUCUACAAAGAGACAUGGAUCGCUUGGCUGCCUAUGAGGAAGCGCUAAAGACAUGGGCUCGAUGGGUGGACACAAAUGUUGAUCCGGAAAAAACCAAGGUCUUCUUCCAAGGAAUCUCACCGGAUCAUUCCAAUGCAAGUAAUUGGGGGAACCAUAAUGGAAUUGAAUGCAAAGGAGAAACAAAACCCAUAUUUGCACCAGCAUAUCCAAGACACCAUCCGGCAGAACUGGUGGUGGAAAAAGUGUUGCGAACCAUGUUGAAGCCGGUGCACUUACUAAAUGUAACAAGACUUUCACAACAAAGAAAAGAUGCACAUCCAUCCAUCUACGGCUUGGGAGGCCACUAUGGAAUGGACUGCAGCCAUUGGUGUCUUGCUGGAGUUCCAGAUACAUGGAAUCAACUUUUAUACGCAGAACUCAUAAGUAAAUAACUUAAUUUCUUCCAUAUGAAAAAUCUUACUUAUCAGGUAAAAGUUGGUAUGUUGUUUAAUUCGUUAUAUCUUUACGAAUAAAUUUUUCUUGCAAUGUAAUCCUACUUCAACUUUUGUCAAUAAAAUAAUCUAUCAAAUGUGACUUGAGAAGCGAA